AUGGAUCAGUGUGUUCAUGGAGACCUUCCUACAAAAGUGGCGCUGAAGAAACGAGGUCUAAGCCUUGAUGAUGGGUGCUCUUGCUGUAAUGAGGAGCCUGAAUCUGUAGAGCAUCAUAUUUUGCCAAUAUCAAAUUUUGCGGAGUGGUGGGUAUCGGUGUGUAAGAAAGGGGAGGAUGCAGCAUGUUUGGUGGCGUUUUAUGCAUGGGCUAUUUGGAAAGCCAGGAAUAGUUUUGUGUUUGACAAGGUUAUGCUUUGUCUGAAUAAGGUUAGUAAGAUGGUGACUGCAGCUUUUUGGGAGUUUAAAGAUGCUAAUUCAGACAUCCUGGAUCAGCAUUUUUCUUCCUCUGCACGGAAUGUGUCAAAUUGUUGUUCCUGGAAUCCCCCUCCUGUGGGUGCUUUAAAGUGUAAUAUAGAUGCCGCCUUUAGGAAAAACCGGUGUUUAGCUGGUGGUGGGGUGGUUUUCCGUGACCAUAAUGGUGUAUUGAAGGAAGUUGUGAUUCUUAAACACUUUAAGGCUUGCUCGGCCCUCAUGGCAGAGGCGUUUGUAUUACGGGCUGCUAUUCUCUGGGCUAUGCGCUUUCACUUUCGUAAUCUUCUUUUUGAGAGUGAUUCUGCUAUUUUGUGUGCUACAGUGCUUGGGACACAACCUUGUCCAGUUGAAAUUGAUACAAUUAUGUAUGACAUACAAACUGCUUUGAAGGGGCUCAUCUUGCUCAUGUUCGUCGAGAAGCAAAUGUUUUAG